AUGUCAUGUCGUCUUCCAGGACAGAGCAAUUCUCCCUCCGCUCUCUGGGACUUUCUCGAGCGCGGUGGGAUAGCAAGCAAUGAUACACCAGUAACGCGUUUUAACCUUAGCACGCAUCAUGUUGGUUCCCCCAAGCCAAACACAAUGCGCUCUCCUGGAGGGAUGUAUCUCGAAACCAUUGACCCACAGGAAUUCGAUGCGCCAUUCUUUAAUAUCUCGAGAGAGGAUGCCAUUGCGAUGGAUCCACAGCAAAGACAGUUGUUGGAAGUUGUAUAUGAAGGGCUUGAGAAUGCGGGGAUUACACUGGAGUCAUUGGAUGGGGCUGCUGUUGCAUGUUUUGUUGCGUCGUUCACAUGCGAUUAUGGUGAUAUGCUUGGGAGGAAUCCCGAGGACCGCCCACCUGGAACUCUCGUUGGGCUUGGAAGAGCGAUCUUGAGUAAUCGAAUUAGUCAUUUUCUUAAUAUCAAAGGUCCCAGUGUUACACUAGAUACCGCAUGUUCAGGAACACUCCAAGGAAUCGAUAUCGCGGGGCGGUAUCUGCAGACUCGAGAAGUGACAAGCGCUAUCGUUGCUGGAGCAAACCUGUUCCUUAGGUAUGAUACUGUUUUCCAGAGCUCGUCACCAUUGCUGACAAUGUUUGUGAUAAUUGGAAACAUGAAGACAGCGCACUCGCUUACAGGGAGGUGCCACACUUUCGACAAAAAAGCAGACGGAUAUGCCAAGGCCGAGGCAGUCAAUGCUGUAAUCCUAAAACGACUCGACGAUGCCAUCCGUGAUGGCGAUCCGAUUCGAGCUAUAAUCCGCGGCACUGCCACGAACAGUGAUGGGCGGACACCUGGCAUUGCGAGUCCUAGCUCGGAGGCUCAAGCAAGGGCAAUUCGCUCUGCUUACGCAAAUGCGGGUAUUACGGACUAUAGCAUAACCAGCUAUCUUGAGUGCCACGGCACAGGCACACAAGCAGGCGACCCUAUCGAAUUGACAGGAGCCGCUUCUGUGUUCGCGCCCACAAGGCUAAUUGACGACCCAUUGAGGAUUGGAUCUAUUAAGAGUAAUGUCGGGCACUCAGAACCAUCAGCAGGAAUCUCAGGACUGUUGAAGACAAUUCUUGCUCUCGAGAAGGGAAUAAUACCAGGAAAUCCUACCUUUAAUGAUCCAAACCCCAAAAUUGACUUCGAGAAUCUGCGAGUCCGCCCUUCAAAAGCCAACAUCCCAUGGCCUGACGUUCCUUAUCGCCGUGCAAGUGUGAACAGCUUCGGAUUUGGAGGUUCCAAUGCACACGCCGUCGUGGACGAAGCCGCAAGCUAUUUGGGCCGCCAACCAGACUCGCACUGCUUCUCUCUCCUGACAGGGGAAGACGGCCUUUUUGCAGAAGAGGCAAUUGAAUCCCGACCCGUGACGCUGGUAUUUUCUGCCAACGAUGAGAAGUCUCUGAAGUCUUACGUUAAACUCUUGAGUGAUCAUAUGAUCAACCCGAACGUUAAUGUUAACCUGCCUGAUCUGGCAUACACGCUGUCAAAUAGAAGGACUCGCCACUUCCACAGAGCGUACCUGGUCACUCAAGACUCGACAAACAUUGACCAAAACAAGCUCGUUGUUGGGAAGAAGGGACUUGACGUUCCUAGAAUCGGGUUCGUCUUCACUGGUCAAGGGGCACAGUGGCCCAAAAUGGGCAAGGCCUUGGUUGAUACGUUCCCGUUGGCAAAGAUAUUGCUUGACAAGUUGGAUGCCGUGCUUCAGACUCUGCCAGAUCCUCCUUCGUGGUCUCUUUUGGGCGAGCUCACUGAACUUCGGAAACCACAGCACCUUCGACAGCCUGAAUUCUCACAGCCUAUUGUCACCGCUUUGCAGCUUGUCAUUCUCGAGAUUCUUGACAGCUGGGGUAUCAAUACACAAGCUGUUGUUGGACACUCGUCUGGCGAGAUUGCAGCUGCUUGCGCUGCUGGUCACUUGACUCAAGAAGAGGCUAUCAAGAUUGCAUUCUAUCGCGGACGUGCUGUUGUACUAGACGGAGCCAAGACAUCAUUGGGUAUGCUCGCCGUGGGACUUGGCUCUGACAAAGUGCAAGAUUACAUCGGAGACCUCUCUGCUUCGGUACAAAUUGGGUGCUACAACAGCCCAAACAGUGUAACACUUUCCGGCGAGUCGACUGCACUGGAGACAGUAAGACAGCGCCUUGAUAACGACAAACACUUUGCGCGACUCCUGCAGGUGGACGUUGCCUAUCACUCCAAAUUUAUGGAAAGCAUUGCUGCUCGGUAUCAAGACUUGCUCUUGCAGAACUGCAAAUUCGAUGAGAACGCACAUUUGAGCGAAAAAGCUACCAUGUAUUCUUCAGUUACAGGGCAUCUGCUGGAUAGAGCUUGUGACGCAGCCUAUUGGAUGGGUAACAUGGAAUCUCCUGUGCUCUUUGAUCAAGCUGUGCAGGCGAUGUUAUCCGCUCCAGAGAAUCCGCCUGAUUUCCUGAUUGAAAUUGGACCAAGUGGCGCACUUGCAGGCCCAAUCUCCCAGAUCACUGCCCACAUUGCUUCUGCAGCCCAAUACUGCGCUGCUUCAAGCAGAGGGAAAGAUUCACUUGAAGCGCUAUUUGCCGUGGCAGGACGCCUCUUCAUUGCUGGCAGCGAUGUCGACCUAGCCAAGGUCAAUGCGGAUGACAGCGAACUCUCCGGGAGGAAACCACGCCUCAUCGUAGAUCUUCCGAACUACGUUUGGAAUCAUUCAACCAAGUACUGGCAUGAGAGUGAGGCUAGCAAAGAUUGGCGUUUCCGCAAGUUCCCACACCAUGACCUUCUCGGAGGGAAAGUGCUUGAAACGUCUUGGCAAUUCCCAUCAUUCAGCAAGACAUUGAGGAUGAAAGAUCAACCUUGGUUGCGAGAUCAUGGAAUGGGUUCUGAGGUCAUCUUCCCUGCUGCUGGUUUCAUCGCUAUGGCAGUUGAAGCGAUGUACCAGAGUUACAGCGCUCAAAACCCAAAUGAGAACAUCUUCUCUGCUGGCCAGUUAUGCUACCGUCUCCGCAAUGUCAGGUUCGAUAAGGCCUUGGUUCUAGAAGAAGAAAUUGACGCAAAGAUCAUGCUUCAUCUUUCUCCUCAUCCUGGACCAAAAGAAACUUGGUAUGACUUCAAGAUCCUUUCUUCGAAUCAGGAGACAUGGACGGAGCACUCCUCGGGACUGAUUCGCGUGGAAAAGCUGUCCGCAGAAGUUGUAACUAAAGACAAAUUGACACCAUUGGAGUAUGCAAAACCGAGCUCGGAAUGGUACACAGCCUUUAACAGUAUUGGAUAUGGCUACGGACCUGAAUUCCAGAAGCUCUUGCGUGUUGAAGCUGUUGCCGGUAGCCUGAUGACUCGAAAUCAUAUCUCCUUGACGGAACCGACUUCGACCUUGACCCAGUCUCUGUAUCCCAUGCAUCCGUGCUCGCUCGAUGCAUGCAUUCAAGCGUUCAUUCCUUCAGUCUGGCGUGGCGAUAGAUGUGCUGUCGAUACUGUUCUGCUACCAGCCAUAAUCGAUGAUCUUGUCAUCACCAACGCUACAAAAUCUUCUGAGCAUGGUGUUGCAAUUGCAAAUUCGAAAUACUCAGGGAGAGGUCGACCGGACGACAAGAGAAACUGGUACACUGAUAUAUCAGUGCACGACCCAGUAACGGGCGAUACGUUUGUUAAGAUCAAUGCUCUUCGAUUCCACAAGCUUCCUAUUGGUACAGACGUUGCUGCAAAACACACCAUCACUCGAUCAAUGUGGAAUCCUGACAUCACAUUCCUUUCGGAAGAGCAGUUUGCGAGUCUUGCUUCAGAUGAAUCCUCAUCCACCGUACAGCGAAUCAUCAAUCUGAUAGCACACAAGAAGCCGACCCUGAAAGUCAUGGAAGUUGACUUGGGCUCGGCAGACACUUCUAGCCUCUGGUUUGCGGAAGUCGACGUAGGUUCGAGGCCUACAAGGGCACUAUACAGCACAUAUAGUUUCGUCACGGCGGAUACGAACACGUUUGUCGCUGUACACGAUAUUUUGAGCCAACAUCGAAGCUCUACCAGCACUCUUGUUGACUUGAGCACAGCAGACUUUUCGUUCGAAGAGAAGGAUUUUGACCUGGUCAUUCUCAAGGGCGACAAAUUGAACGAGGGCCUACUGAAACCAGUACUCGUCAACGUACGUGCCUUACUUUCUGAUGAUGGCUAUGCUAUUCUGGCCGAUAGCAGCUCCGUUGGAACAGACUCUGGAUCAGGAUCAGAAGAAGAUGCAGUGCUUGUGAGUGUUGAGAACACUAUAACUGCUGCUCAAGUGGCGACCAUUGCAAAAGCAAGCAACUUCUACCGAACUUCCACAGUUUCUUGCGAGUCCUGUACAUCCGUACAUGUAUUUGUUGCCAAACCAACUGCGCAGCCCGCAGAAACUCGCGAACUCAUUGUUGCCAAUUUUACAGACCAGAAAGCUUCGUCGGAGAUGACAGCCGCUCUAGAAGCUGCUGGAUGGAGCAUCCGGGAAUCGUUCCUCCCAAUGGCUGAGGUCAAACCAAGAAGUACAGUUCUCAUUCAAGACGAGCUUUUCACCCCUGUGCUGAAGUCUGUCUCCAAGGCUCAGUGGGACUCGCUGAAGUAUCUUGUAUCCCAAGGCUGUAACAUCCUCUGGCUCACUCAAGGCUCCCAGAUGGACGUUACAUCGCCAGAUAAUGCCCUUGUUCACGGUAUGUUUAGGACUGUUCGCCAGGAAGACACAAGUUUGCGCCUUACCACCCUAGAUGUACAAACAGCCGACGGACCCUCUACCAUGACGGCAGUAGUGAAGAUCCUGGAGAUCCUUGCCAGGCCUUUAUCGAAGACGUUCGCUGACAAUGAAUACGUUGAGCGCAAAGGACUCAUAUUCGUCAACAGAAUAGUCCCAGACAAACUGAUCAACCAGUUUAAAGAAGACGAAAGCAAUGGCGGUGCACAGCCCAUCGUCAAAUCUCUUCGUGGUGUUCAAGGAAUUGCGAAAUUGAGAGCUGAACGCCUUGGUAGUCUUGACGCUCUCCAGUAUAUUGAAGCGCCACAGAUCCCAGUAGAGGAUGGGCAUGUUGAGAUCGAGGUGAUUGCCGCUGGACUUAAUUCCAAAGAUAUCGCCGCAACACAAGGCAUCAUUCCAGGAGACGAACACCUUCUGGGCACGGAGGGCGCGGGUAUCGUCACAAGGGUGGGCAAGAACAGCGAGACCUACAAAGUUGGUGAUCGCGUCACCGUGAUGACACAAGGCACUUUUGCGAAUCGGAUUCAGUGCCCUGUUCAAUACAUCCACCAUAUGCCAGACGCGAUGUCAUUCGCAGAAGCAGCAACCAUACCGAUUGCCUAUCUCACAUCGAUGUACUGCUUAUUCAACGUGGGAAACCUCCAGAAAGCCCAGUCGAUUCUCAUCCAUUCUGCGGCUGGUGGUGUCGGCAUUGCAUGCAUUCAGCUUGCCAAGUACAUAGGUGCUGAUAUCUAUGUCACCGUGAGCAGCGAUGAGAAACGCAGUUUCUUGAAAGAGAACUUUGAUCUUCACGAAGAUCAAAUAUUUUCUUCUAGAACCACAGACUUUGCCCGGCAGAUCAAGGAGAUCACGCAGGGUAAGGGAGUCGACCUCAUUAUAAAUUCUCUUACCGGAGAAUUGUUGGAUGAGUCGUGGCGCAUUUGUGCAGACAAUGGAAUCAUGGUUGAAAUUGGCAACAAGGAUAAUGAACAAAAAUAUCUCUCCACGGAGCCAUUCGACCGGAACUGCUCGUACAAAUCUGUCAAUUUCUCACAGAAGAAAAUGCCACCAUUGACUGUCGCCAGCUUGAUGAGUCGCUGUUUUGACUUGCUCUCUGAAGGCCAUAUCAAGCCGAUCAAUCCAAUCACUCACUUUGGCUUCGACAGUAUCCCGGAAGCGUUUGCUUAUAUGCGCGAUGGUCGUCAUGUUGGUAAGGUAUUGAUCACAGAUGGCGAGCAGGGAAUCUCAUCACAGGUACCUAUCCGGCCAGCAAUGCCUGUAAUGUCUCUUCAGCCAAAUGUGUCCUACUUGAUCGUGGGUGGACUCAAGGGCAUAUGUGGGAGCUUAGCUGUGCAAAUGGCUGCUUUCUUCGGGGCGAAACACAUGAUUGCCAUGACUCGAAGUGGUAUCGCUGACGAAAUGUCACAAGCAAUCGUCAGAGAUUGCGCUGCGUUUGGAUGCGACGUCCAGGAAGCAAAAGCGGAUGUGUGCAAUGCGGAGGAUGUGGAGCGUGUGUUCAAAACAGCAAUGUAUCCCGUUGGAGGGAUCAUUCAAGGAGCGGUGAUACUCAGGGACAAACCAUUUGAGGCCAUGACUCUCGAGGAUUAUUUUGUGGCUGCCUCAGCAAAAGUGCAAGGGACCUGGAAUCUCCACAGGUCUAGCAUUGCACAUAAAUCUCCAAUAUCAUUCUUUACCCUUCUCUCGAGUAUGUCAGGCAUUAUCGGGCAGAAGGCACAAGGGAAUUACUCUGCAGCCAACGUAUUCAUGGAUGCCUUUGCCAGCUAUCGACAUUCGCAAGGUCUCCCAGCCCACUCAUUGGAUCUGGGAAUUAUCGAGGAAGUCGGAUUCGCUGCCAGGGAAGGUGGUAUCCAAGAGCGGAUGGACGACAGGAUCUGGCUUGGUGUGAAUGAGGCCAUGGUUCGUCGCGUCUUCAAGUAUUCGAUCCUCCAGCAAACGCAGCCGAUCAACCCCGCCAGUGCAGCUCAGCUCAUCAUAGGUAUAUCAUUGCCGCAACGCGAAGGCUCGGAUCUCGAACGGGAUGCUCGAUUUAGUCCCUUAUUCGUAACCGACAGCUCUGAGCAGCACAAGAAUGGCCAUGGUGGAGACGAACAUGCGAAAGCGGUCCAAGCUUUCUUAUUGCUACAUCGAAGUAAAGCUGACAAAGGACCCCUGUUGGCUGCAGCAGUAGACGUGCUCAGCAGGCAGCUUACGAAGACAUUGAGAUUGACUGAGGACGUGGAGCCAGCGAGGAGUUUAAGUGCGUAUGGAGUGGAUAGCUUGAGCGCGGUGGAAUUGAGAAAUUGGGUUCGUAUUGAGCUUGGGGUUGAAUUGACAACGCUUGAUAUUACGAAUGCCACGAGUCUCUUUGGGUUGUGCGAGCGGUUGAUAUCGAAGAUGCCGGUAGUUGAGUGA